AUGAAGGUGGCCAUGGAAAAAGACUUGGGCAAGCAAGUAUUUGCCUAUUUUCUCAAUGCCUUUCCCAACUCCGCCCAAUAUAUUCUUGGCCCAUUUUUCUCUGCUUAUCCGGAGGAGGUGGCCAAAGUGUGGGUGACGCAACCAAGAAGUGGCCCAACUUAUUUUUUAGACUUCACAUGGGCAUCCGUUUGGGAGAGCGCCAAGCCAUUUAAAGGUUGGCCAACGGGAACCCCCCUCAAAUCGGAUCCCACCGCAACAAAGGAGGCCCCAUCAAAGAAAGCAUCAUCCGCCGCCGGGAAGCCCGAUCACUCAAGCUCGGCGGAUGGCAAGUUUGAUCUAUGCUUUUGGUCUUCCUCCACCAAUUGCAUGAGGCUCCGUUUUGGGAUGAUGACGCCCAACUUGCUAGACUUGGCCGCUAUUGCCGGCCUCCGCCCUCAUGGAGAGGAUUUCUCGGCCGCCAACCUUUCGGAUGGCAAAGUGGGCUUAGAUUUUCACAAGUCAAAUAAGAACUCCGGGAGCUGGGUGAAGACAUAUCUUGGCCAUGGCGGAGAUCCCACCGACCCUCCUUCCAUCAAUGGCAUAUCCUACACUGAGCAUGUGGCUUUCCUUGUGAUGUGA